UUUUAACAUAUUUAUUUCCACCAGGCGCUUCAGUUAAGAUUUAUUCCUUUUGAACGUGACAACCAAGAACGUUGUCCACCCUCACCCGGUAGUAGAACUAAAAAUGAUUCAGACCUACGUUAAGAGAUGUCAGCCAAACCUUUUUCGUGAACGUAACAAUUACCCCUCGGCGAGAACCGACCUAAUCAAAACAGCAGUUUUUUCCUUGUAUUCGUUCGAGACGAGGGAACAAGCAAUGGAUUCAGGUAAAAGUAAAGUAAAGCAGACAAUUACAUUAUGCAAACAUUCUAAUUAAAGCAAGUCAAUAAUCCCUUUCAGUUCGUGACCCAAAUCUGGUUAAGCAGGGCUUAACUUCAGCGAGUGGCUCAACUCUGAAUGAACAUUUGAAUGGUCAAACCACGGUUCACCCUAAGGUGGGGCGUUGUCUUUGGGAUUAUUUCACGAUGGAAGCCGAUGUGCUUUUUUGCAAACCUUGCAAAGAAAAAAACGAGAAAAAGUAUUAUAAGGCUCAAAAAGAUCGAAGCUCUUCUACGCUGAGGAGACAUCUACAAAGCAAACAUCCCUCUGAAUUCAGUUCAAUUAUCCAAAAUACGGGCAUGUCGCCACGAGGGACUGUUAUUUUGGGCGGAAGAUACAAACAAGGAUCAAGUGAAAUGACAGCUAGGCACAGGAUGCUUGCCAAAAUGGUCGUGAAAGGAAUGGAACCAUUAUCAAUGGUGGAAAGGCCUGAAUUCAAGGAAUUCAUUCGUGUGUUGGAUCCUCAUUACAUCCUCCCUUCAAGAAAAACGUUGAGGGAUUCUCUUAUAAGAGAUAUGUACCAGGAAGACCAAGAAAGUUUAAUGAAUCACCUAAAUAAGGCUUCUUGUGUUGCUAUAACCACAGAUGGAUGGUCGAGUCGCAAUAUGACUGCAUUUUUGGCUAUCACUUGCCAUUUUUUUAUGAAGAAACGUCCACCUUGAAAUGUAAAAUUAUGGAUUGUUCUCGAAUCAAGGGAAGUCACACAGCACAAAAUUUGCGAUCGAAAAUCUUGACUACUCUGGUUCAAUACAAAGUGGAAAAGAAAAUUGUUUGUGCGAUCUCUGACAAAGCUGCAAAUAUCCAAAAGGCUUUGGGGACCCUUUCUUUUCCUCAUCAGCCAUGUUAUUCCCAUCUUCUGAAUUUGGUCGUAAAGAAGUCUCUUUCUGCAGAUAUUGGUCUACAAGAUUUGAUCAAAAAGGUAUCGAAUGUUGUCACCUACACUCAUCACAGUACUGUUGCUUCUGAUAAGCUUGAGGAUCUGCACAUCAAGCUUGGUUCCACACCUAAAAAGUUGAAGGCCAAAGUUGAAACGAGAUGGAAUUCAACAUUCAUGAUGUUAGAAAGAUUUUUGGAAAGCAAGAAUGUCUUGACACUAUUAUUCGCCGACAGUUUUUUUGAAGGAAAAAGUGAUAGCUUCAAAUUUUCUCAUUCAGAGUGGGAUUCCAUUCAAGAUAUGGUCCAUUGCCUCAGUCACAUUUAUGAAGCUACCCAAGAGAUGGGAGGAGAAAAACACACGACAAUCGGCAAAACUAUUCCAAUGACCACAGUAUUGAUGAAAGCGUACCAAGAAGAAGUGGAAGAAAGUAAAACUACAUUAACAAUAGAACUUGCCCAAGAAAUUCUAAAGUACCUUCAUCUCAGAUUUGGAAGAGUGGAAUUUGAUUCCAUUUACACAUUCAGCACUCUCUUGGACCCGAGAUAUCAAAACUGCAUGUUCCGGAGUACAGAUGGCUUAGACCAGGCGUUGACAGAACUGAAAGAGGAGUUGAAAAAGGGAUCGAUCGUUCCAGUCUCUGGGUCUGAUAUUCCAAGUGCCUCAUAUGAAGGAGUCCUCUCUUCGCAAGCGUCCAAAAGGUCCAAAAAGUCUCUUUGGACGAAAAUGGAUCGAGAAGUUAUAACCGAAAUGAAAGAUAGCUAUUCUUCCUCAAAUCAAGCCACUAAUGAGUUACAUUUGUAUCUGACUGAAGUCCCUAGAAUUUUACGACAGUCUGAUCCUUUAAACUGGUGGGUGAAAGUUGGCAAGGAAAGGUUUCCUCAUAUUUAUCAAGUUGCCAUAAAGUACUUAGUUAUUCCAGCAACCUCUGUCCCCAGCGAGAGGCUUUUCAGCUCUGCCGGAGAUAUCUUGCGUGAAAAAAGAAGCAACCUGGGAGAUGAUAUUGCCACAAGCUUGAUAUGUCUCCAUGCAAAUUUGUAAAAUGAAUUUUAAACUUGCUUGUAUCCAAAACAAUGUACCGCUUUCAUAAUAAAAACAAUUUUAUUUCAAAUAUCUAUCCAACUACUGUUUAACACUUUUCACUUUGGAACAUUGAUACAUUGAAAGUGUACUUAUGGGUUCCUCAAAGAAGUGUCUUGGGCCCUUUGCUGUUCGUCAUUUUUGUUAACGACAUGAAUAUGUCUGUCGAAUCCAAGGUAUAAAGCUUCGCGGAUGAUACCAAAAUAUACAGAGAGGAUAUUUCGAAGUACAAGUGAGCUUCAAUAACAAAUUUGCGAUUUUGUGAUCCAAAACGGUUUGUGGUUUAUUGCUAAAGAGCGAAAACUAAAUUUGAUUCAUUUACUGAAAUUCCUUUUUGUGCACGUAUGGCCUUCAACUUUUA